AAGCUAAAGCACAUAGCAGCGAUAAACGCCCCACAUUGGCCGCUACCACCUCCCACCGCCUCUAUUUUUUUUUUUUUUAAACACAGAAAUUAUAACUCGAACGCUAUCGUUUUCAGUUGUGUACGCCCUACCUUUUCGGUUCUGCCACCGCCGGAAGAAUCAAGUUAUAUAAUCAGAAUCUUCCUAUUUCUGAUGCUUUCCAACACCAGGCCGUCCUCACCGGAACCUUAUAUCAGAAAAACAAAAAGCCCGCCGGACGACGUCCUUUCUCGGAAGAGCUCGCUGAACUCCCUUAGUUCGCUCCUUGCGAAUUCCUACUUAAAUCAAUACCGCGCAUGGCUCCUCCUCUUCAUCCUCUCCAUCCAGAUCAUUCUCCUCUUUGCUCUUCGCUCAAUUCCUCUCACUUUUCCCCCCCGCCGCCACCAUUUCCCCUCUCCUUACACUGCCCACCACCAUAUCUACAUCCCUGCCAACACCGUUAUCAAUAUCAGCCCCACUACAGCAACUACUGAUGAAGAUGAAUGUGUAUCAGGAAAAGUUUUUGUCUACGAUCUCCCCAGCAAGUUCAACACUGAAUUGAUUCGAAACUGUGACGAGUUGAACCCAUGGAGUUCCAGGUGCAAUGCGUUGGCUAAUGACGGUUUUGGCCAGAAAGCCACUGGGCUUUCUGGGCUUGUUCCGGAAAGUCUAGCUCCCGCAUGGUACUGGACCGAUCAAUUCGUCUCGGAGAUUAUCUUCCACAAUCGGAUUUUGAGGCACAAGUGCAGGACCACAGAGCCAAACAAUGCGACUGCGUUUUACAUUCCUUUUUAUGCCGGAUUAGCCGUAGGUAAGUUUUUGUGGCAUAAUUACACUGCCAAAGACCGUGAUCGGCACUGCGAGAUGAUGCUGACGUGGGUCCAAGAUCAACCAUACUACCAGAAAUCAAAUGGUUGGAAUCACUUCAUCACCAUGGGGCGUAUCUCGUGGGAUUUUCGACGGUCGAAAGAUGAGGACUGGGGUUCGAGCUGCAUUUACAUGCCAGGUAUGAGAAACAUUACCCGCCUCUUGAUUGAGCGAAAUCCAUGGGAUUAUUUCGACGUUGGUGUACCCUACCCCACCGGGUUCCAUCCCAGAUCGGACGGGGAUGUCCUGCAGUGGCAGGAGUUUGUCCGUACGCGCAACCGUACGAAACUCUUCUGCUUUGCAGGGGCAAAGCGCAGCGGUAUCAAGAAUGAUUUUAGAGGUCUGUUGCUGAGCCAUUGCCAGAAUGAAUCGGACUCAUGCCGAGUCGUAGAUUGUGCCAGUACUCGUUGCUCCAACGGCACUUCAGCGAUUCUAGAGACGUUUUUGAAUUCGGAUUUUUGUUUGCAGCCGAGAGGCGAUAGUUUCACCCGUAGGUCCAUCUUUGAUUGCAUGUUAGCGGGUUCAAUUCCGGUUUUGUUCUGGAAACGAACCGCUUAUUACCAGUACUAUUGGUUCUUACCAGGCGAACCGGAGAGUUACUCUGUUUUUAUACACCGGAAUGAGGUGAAGAAUGGGACUUCCGUGCGGAAAGUGCUUGAGAGUUACAGCAAAGAAGAGGUCAGGAAAAUGAGAGAAAAGGUGAUCGAUUAUAUACCCAAAUUUGUAUAUGCAAGACCCCACGAAGGCUUAGACAGUAUAAAGGAUGCCUUUGAUGUUGCCAUGGAAGGGGUAUUGAGGAGAUUCAAGGAGCAAGAGGAGUGGGUUUACAAAUGGUAAUAAGAUUGUACAGAUGAGACUGAACAGGGGAAUUCAGUAUCCCAUAUUUUAGAAUUAUACUGGAAGAUAUUGUUAAGUUAUGGGUUAUUAUUAAUUUUUCAAAAUCGGAAGGCUGUUAUUAUUGGUUUACACUUUUAGCAGAGAAAAGGAGUUGGAUAUGUCUUCUUUUCUCACGAAUGUUGUCGUAUUCUUUUACUCAUUUGCUUGAAGACCAUGUUUCAGAGUUGCAGGUUGUUGGCUUGGGUAAUUUAUCACUAGCAUUUAUAGACGAGAUAGGACCACCCAGUUGGAUGGCAACUGAAGUGGAGGCUGUGACGAUGCGGUUUUGUUUGGACCAUGCCAUGAUAUCAUCCAGGAAGAUGGACAAGUUAGAAAAUAUUUUUAUAUUUUCAUUUUCUAUAUUUUAUUCUUUGUUAUUUGUUUUUUUUUUUGGGUGUGAUAUACAUUGAAAUUUAAGAAUAGUAGCUUGAAGGUGGUGCUGGUGCUAGCAUGGAUGGUUGCUCCAUGUUGCUUUUGAUGGCCUCAAUUUCGUGUAGAUUAUUCAAAUGGGUGAACAACUCAACUGGAAUAAAAUUUUAAAGAGAGCGACUGCCUUCUGCCCCAACUCCCUAUACAUUU